GUGAUAUGAGCUUUGUAGUUUUUUAUCUAGCCCAAUUACCGAAGCGUCAGACUUUAGCCCAGUGCGUUGGUAUGUUUUUAUGUUGUGUUGUAAAAUUGUCUUAGGCGUAGGUGGGUGCAAUGACGACAAAAAUGUCCCGCCGGUUUGGUGGAUAACAGUACGCUCGUUUAUGAUCACAGUAGCGUAAAUUGUAUCAAAAGUUAACGAAUAACAUUGGAAACUAAUUGUUCAUCUUUAUACAAAUAACGCAUUUGUUUUUCUAACGAAUAAGUUUUUCUACUAGUAAAUUAGUUUUUUUUUUUUUUAUUAUUAUUUAUUUGUAUAAAGAUUCCGAAAUGGCGCCAACUAUCCAAAAUAAUACAGCACAAGAUAAACGGAUUCGUCCCAUAGAAAAAAGGUUAGAUUUGUAUGUGUUGCUUUUACAUAACUGACAUAACAACAUAACUACCUAUCUAUUAAUUUUGUUAAUAUUUUUACAAUCAAUAUUUUAUGGUAUUUCUUCAUUUACAGAUCUGAUUUGGUGUGUAAAGUGAAAUAUAGCAACUUGCUUCCGGAUAUUCCCUUUGAUUUAAAAUUUCUCUCUUAUCCAUUUAAUCCAACUAGGUAAACUAUUCUCUUUUAUACCUAAUAUUUAUAUAUUAUACUAUUUUUUUUUAAAUUUAUUUAAAAUUAUUAUUUUCAUAGGUAUAUACAAUAUAAUCCGACUUCUUUAGAGAGAUCAUAUAAAUUUGAAAUUCUCGCAGAUCAUGAUUUGGGACUUAACAUUGACUUGGUUAAUAAGGACAGAUAUUCACUUGAUCUAAAUGGACACAUGGAUCCUGCUGAUGAAAAACUAUUGGAAGAAGAUAUUAUGGCACCACAAGAUUCAAAAAGGUAUUUAAUAUAUUAUUGGUUUGCUGCAGUUGAAUACCUCCCUUAUCAUUCACACGACUAUCAAAAUGAAGAAUUCACCUGAGGCCUGUAAUCAUUUUUUAUAGUGUGUGCAUAUUUAUGAAUUAAGUAUACGAAACUUGUGUUAAUCAUUUGUUGCACAUAAAUUACAAAUUGCCUAUAUUUGAAUAAUGUAGAAAAUAUUAUUAUAUAAUUUAGAAAAAGUUAAAAAUUGUGUUAAAAAGUAGUAUGCAAUUUAAAUUAUUCAUCACAAUAGAUACCUAACUAUAUUCUCAAUAAUUAUGAAUGGGUAUUUCUUAAUUCUGUUAUUAUUAUUACAUUGAUGUUUUUAAUUAUAUUUUUUUUAAAAACUAAAAAAAAGAUUAUAUUUUAUUAAUUAAAUUUAUUUAAGAAUCAAUUUUAUUAACAUAAAUUCUAGGAUUGGUAAUGUAAGCGUAUAAAAUGACUAAAACAUAGAAAACUUUAUAACGACUAAGACAUUUUUUUAUUUUAAUAAUGAUAACUGAUAAUACUCUGUCUUUUAAAUUUUAAUGAGCAUCUUAUAAAUUAAUAAAUUAUUUUUGAUAUUAUAAAUAUUAUUGUAGUUAUUAAUAUGGAAUAAAAAUGAACUUAGUAAUUUAUAAAACAAACCAUCACAUAUGUCUUAUGUAGUUAAUAUAAAAUAUAUAAAAUGAUGAUUAAAUUCAAUUGAAAAUUAUUUCACCUGAUAAUUUCUGUUCAGUUGCAGCCAAAAAAAUAAAAUAAAUACAGUAAUAACGUAUACAACUAAUAGUUUUAUACAUGCAUAUAAUAUAUGUUUUAUACUUUACUGUAUUUCACGUUCCAACCCUGAUAAAUUCUGUUAUUUGUAUUAUACACUUAGUAAUUAAUUUGUAGAUCUAGACAUCAUGCUAGAAAUGUGUCAUGGUUACGGCGUACAGAAUACAUUUCUACUGAGCAAACACGGUUUCAGCCACAAACAAUUGAAAAAGUGGAGGCUAAAGUUGGAUUUAGUAUUAAAAAGAACUUCAAGGUAUUGUCGUAAUAUUAAAUAUUGUAGUAAAUCAAAUUCUAAUUUAUUUUAUUAUUAGGAAGAAACUCUAUAUAUGGAUAGAGACAGUCAAAUGAAAGCGAUUGAAAAAACGUUUGAAGAUAAUAAAAUACCUGUUGAAAAACAUUACAGCAAGCCAAAUGUUCAUGCAGUUGAGACAUUAAACGUUUAUCCAGAUUUUAAGGUAAAUUAAUAUGAUUUUUAUGGAUCUAAGAUUUUUAAUAAACUCCUUUUUUAAAUUUGUAAUUAGAACUGGAGGUAUCCCUGUGCUCAAGUUAUCUUUGACUCUGAUCCAGCACCGAUGGGUAGACCAGUACCGGCACAGAUAGAAGAAAUGUCUCAAGCUAUGAUUAGGUAAUUUACAUUUUUAAAAUUUAAUAAUAAUUGUGGGGUUCUAUUAUUCAUGUCCAUGUAGUUAUUUAAAAAUGUUAUCUUUCAAAUUGACUAUUUCUGAUUUAUAGUUUUAUAUUAAUGAUUUGACAUCAUAUGUAACUUUUUAUAUUUUUACAUUGAACCAUCCAAUUAUUAAAUAAUUACAAUAUAUUUAAAAAAUUUAAAGGAAGGACAUACUUAACAUGUGGGUGCAGCCACUGUUGUGGGUAAGGAAUUGAAGGUAGGAUACAAACAGAAAUUUAAUGUAUAUAUGUAAGCAAUGAUAAAAAAUUGCUAACAAAGAAACGAUUCUGAGCGGAGAUCAGUUGAUAGUGUUGCUUAUUAGUAAAACUUAUUAAUAAAAAAAUAAAUAAAUAAAUUGAUUUCCGAUGACAACCUUAUUUUUAAUCUUUGAAUAUUUUUUAACCUAAAACUCAAGGUUUUCCUUAUUAUCUCGAAUAUUAAUAAGAAUUUCAAAUUACCUUUUUAAAGUAUCAACCAGAUAAAGUUAUUAUGUAUCAAUGACUGAAUUUAAACAUGGUAACAUACUACAGCAUUAUUGAACAAUGUGUUGUGAAAUUUGUACAUUCAGUAGGAAAACAACCUUUCUUAUUCAUGAAUUUUGCAAAAAUGUGCUGCUAUAUAAUAUAUAUUUAUUAUUAUUUGAUAUAAAUACUAAAUUUUAAUAAAUUAUAUUGAGUUAAUGAUGUAACCUAAUAAUUUAUAUUUAUUAAAAAUAAUAAUUUCAGAGGUGUGAUGGAUGAAAGUGGUGAACAGUUUGUUGCUUACUUUUUACCAUCUGAAGAAACAAUAGAAAAACGACGUGAAGAUGCUCUUGAAAACCGUUCUUAUGAUGAUGACUAUGAAUAUGAAUAUAAAAUGGCUAGAGAAUAUAACUGGAAUGUUAAAAGCAAGAGCAGUAAAGGUUAUGAAGAAAAUUAUUUCCUUAUUGCAAGACAAGAUGGAGUAUUUUAUAAUGAAUUGGAAACAAGGUUUGGCUUAAACUAUUUAUUUUAUUUCUACUAAAUAUUUUUAUAUUAUUAUUAAAUAUAAAUUAUAGAGUUCGAUUAAGUAAGAGAAGACAAAAAAUUGGUGUACAAAGUAGUAGCACUAAUACAAGAUUAAUAGUACGACAUGUCCCCAUCAAUGAGCAAGAAUUCAGUGUUCAUAAAUUUAGAGAAAAACAAUUACAACCGUAUGAUGAAGAAGAAGAAGCCAAAGCAGAAGAGGAAGCCAAAAGGGCAAUGAUGGGUGAUUAUUAAUUUUAUAUUUAAAAGUAGUAAAACAGUUAAAGAUCAUUUUGUCACAAUUAAAUAUUUUAUACUAAUUUUCAGCUGCAAAAGAAAAUGUGAAGGAAUUAACAAUUAAAAAUAAAACAGAUAGUGAUGAUGAUUCUAGAAAAGGUAAUAUAGUUAUUCCAAGUAUUUUUAAAUGUGAUAUAAUGCAACAGAUUAUACAUUAGUUAAAUUAAACAUCUGCAUUUGAGGUGGGAUCUGAUUAAUUGAAAACUAGUGUAACAUUUCUUUUAAUGAAUUAAACUAAAAAAUAAAACCCUUAAGCAGAAGAGCUCUGUAGAAUUUCCCCUUGGCCGACAAGUUGCAAUAUUAAUAUUUUUUUAUCUUAUUUGUAUUUAUUUAUGAUCUGUAUUCACUAAACACAUUGAACAUGUAUGCACCCUCGCCCUACCCUUUAGUAGAAUUUACUAUCCCUCCUCUUUCCAGUAAAAAAAUAUCCUAUUUUCUUUGUUUCAAUAAAGAAUCUCCGGAGAAGAAGUUCUCCGGAUUUUUGAUAAUGUACAAGCAGCCCACCCGGUAGGAUUCGGAUACUAAAACCCUUUAAAGCCAUAUUAUCGACCUUAAUAUUAUUUGUAAAUAUAAUUUUAACUUUGUUAAUAAAUUUGAUGAGUCUGUAGAAGUAUUUAAAAAAUGGUGUUUCCUGAAAAAAAAAAUGAAACUUAACCAUACAAUAAUUUGGACUAGAUUAGAAAGUUGAUUUUGAGCUCAUUUGAUCCAGAAAUGUCCAUAUUUGGUUAAAUUUAUAGAAAAAUACAUUUCACUAUAAUACUAUAUUUGAACAAAAAAUUUUGUAUUUUUUAAAUAUAGAUUAUUGUAUAAUAAUACAUUUUUUUUUUUAAUUUUCAGGGGAUGAUUCUAAAAAAAAUAAUUUUGGUUCAGAUAGUGAUAUUUCUGAUGAUGAUGAACAAGAUACUAAAACUAAUUCGAAACGUAAAAACAGUGAAACAGUGGAUAGUGAUAAUAGUAAAAAUAAAGCUCACGGGGAUUCUGACAGUAAUGAUAGUGAUAAAGAAACUGAUAAAAAAAGUCUUGGAUCUGUAAGUGACGGCAAUUCUGAUAGUGACACAAGUAUAAAACAAUUUGGUAAUAGAAAAAAUAAAGGUAGUCGUAGUAAACAUAGUUCAGAAAGUGACGAGAGCGAUAAGUCUGAUGUAUCUACCAAAAAUAAAAAAGAAUCAUCUUUAAGUGGUGAUAGCGAAGAUGAGCAUAAAACUAAACGUGUUCCCAGUGAAACUAGAUCAGAUAGUGAUAAUAGUGAUGUUGAAACAAGAAGUAAACGAAGCUCGGAACGCGCUGUCAGUGAAGAUUCGUCAAUUACUGAUAACAGUGAACAAGAGAGCAACAGAGGUUCAGAUAGUGAUUAGAUAAUUAUGAUAGAUUUUAGAAUAAGUAGCAUUUAAUAAAUGAAUGUCGUGUCACAUUAUGUUAUGGUUGUUAACUGUACUGUACUUAGCAAUUUAAUAUAUUUUUAGUUUUUUAUUACUUGUACUUAUUAAAGUAAAAUAAAAUACUUUAAUUUAGUUGCUUAACUCCUCUAUAAAUAUCAAAUGUAAUUAAAGUAUUAAAGUUUUUACUUAACUAUUUCUUAGUAAAAUGAUUUCUUUAAUUUUAGUAAUGGGUUAAUACUUAAAAUUUAAAAUGUAUAAUUUCAACAAAAACCCUAUUUAAUGUAGGAGGAAAGAGAGGGAGAAGAUGACAGAAUGAUAGGUAGUUGUCAGCCAACUAAUAAUCUAAGUGUGUAGCCUUUCAUGAGUCUUUAAUAAAGUAUUAUUUAUCAAAAAUUUUUUCAAACUUAAAAGUGGAAUAUAUUGUCAAUAAUUUCAACACCAAUAUGUAUUUAAAUUAAUAUAAUAUAUCUAUAAAGUUGAUAUUUUUUAAAAUAUGAAUGAAAUCACUUAAAUAGAUCACUGUAAUGCAUCAAACACUAGUUUAAAUCAUUCUUUUUUUUUUUUCUUGACCAAAGUUUAGUUAUAAUUGUUAAUGAUGAAACUUUUUGUGUUAUUUACAUGAGUAUAUUGCAAUUAAUUACAACCAAAUCUUGAUUAAGAUAUUAGUAUUUAUACUAUCUAUAAAUGUAUGAUAAUUAAUAUUAAUUUAUAGUACAAUUAUAUUAUGUAUAAUUACAAUUUUUCACUAAAAUCAUUUCCAUUAAUAAUUCUAUAUUAAUUGAAAAGUAUAAUUAUUAUAUAUUUGAAUACUAGUUAAAAUUAAGAAUGAAUGUUAUAGUUUAAAAAAGAUAGUUUUGAGUUGUAUCUUUAACUGAAUAAAUUACAACGAAUAGGUCAGUCAAUUUGAUUUAUUUUAUGGUAAUGUAGAUACUGUUACGAUUACGGUAAACGAUCAAUGUGCAGUUCACUAUUGCAAGUGAUCUACCAUUAUUUUAAUGGUCUACGAUUUUUUGUGCUACCCAUAAAGGUCCUACACAUUAAAAAUAUUGAAUUAUUUGAUAAACAUAAUUGUUUAAUAUUGUAAUUUAUCUAAAUUAUUGUUUUUACUUACAAAUCUUAAUUUUAAAUUUUUUUAAAUUUUAUUCUAAAUGGCAUAAAUGAAACCAUGUGAUUAAUAUAUUGUCUAAUACUUAAUAAAAAUAAUAUUUUAUCAAUUAUUCUAUGUUCAUAUUUUUUUUUGUUUACUUUUUAAUUUAAUAUAGCCUAUUUUUUAAUAAAUUUAUUUGAAUAAUGCAAUAUGAUUUAUGCUUAUCUUUUUGUUUACUAUCAUU